AUGACAUGGAUAAAAAUUAAUUCAAAACCUUUGCAAUUAAUCAUGGAAGGAAUACGGUAUCAAAGAGUUUGGAAAUUGGAAAGAAGUUUGGAUUUUUGGAAUAGAAUAGUAAAUAUUCAUUAUGAUUUAAAACAGUGGAUUGAAAGUUUUCGUAUGUCUAAAACUAGUAUUUUACAAUUAUGUGAUCAACUCAGAGACGAAUUGGAACCAUUACCAAACUUUUUACAACCUAGAGAACCUAUAUCUGUAGAAAAACAAGUAGCUAUUGCCCUGUACAAAUUGGCAAGUACAGCUGAAUAUAGAGUUGUUGGAAAUGUAAUGGGCAUACAUAAAUCUUCCGUAAAAAAGUGCUUAUACAGAGUAGUAAAGGCUAUUAAUAAAGUCAUGCUGCGUCAAUAUAUACACAUGCCAGAUGAAAUUGAAGCAAGAUUUAUAAGUGACAAAUUUGAAGAAAAGUGUUUCAUUCCCCAAAUUAUUGGCAGUAUUGAUGGAACGCAUGUUGAAGUUAUUCCACCAAAAGAAGGGUAUAGAGAUUUUAUAAACAGAAAAGGAUGGCCUUCAUACAAUAUGCUUGCUGUUGUUGAUUAUAAUGGAAGGUUAUUUUCUCGUAUAUUUAGAAAUAUUGUGGUAAAACAUCCAGGGAGUUGUCAUGAUGCUGCAGUUUUGAAAGACAGUAUUCUAUAUCAAAAUGCUGAUACAAUAAUACCUCAGAGUACUCGUACAAUUAAUGGAUUGGAAAUACCGUUCAUGAUUGUCGGAGAUCCGGCUUAUCCAUUAUUGCCGUGGCUUUUGAAGGGUUUUUCUGGUUCAUUAUCAGCAGAAGAAGAAUCUUUUAAUGUUUAUCUGAACUCUGCUCGAGUAUCAGUAGAGAUGGCAUUUGGUAGACUAAAAGCCAGAUGGAGAAUUCUGCACAAGAUAAAUUGCGAUUACAAAUUUGCACCAGAAAUUAUUUCAGCAUGUUGCAUUUUACAUAAUUAUGUGGAAAGUAAAGGUUAUAUAUUUUUAACACAAUGGUUAAGAGAACUUGAAGUAUCCGAGCUGGCAACACCACAACCAAAUACGCAGACCAAUGUUGAAAAAAAUUCUAUUGAAGGCACAAACAUACGAAAUCAUAUAAAACAAUUUCUAUCAGAGAAUUUUCCAUUGCGAAAAGCAUUAAUACAACCUUGA